UGUCAUACAGGAGAUAAGUUGUCUCUCUAUAAAGGACACUAUGCAAAUCGUGGCAUUCUUGUAGCAAUAUCAGCAACAGGACCAGGCAAAGGAGGUGGUUUGUUGGAAAGGCCAACCAUAGAAAAAACUACUCCUGGUCGUGAAUCUGAAUUUGAUUUGAGGAAAUCUAGGAAAACAGCACCUCCAUUCCGUGUUAUAUUGCACAAUGACAACUACAACAAACGUGAGUAUGUUGUCCAAGUUCUGAUGAAAGUUAUCCCUGGAAUGACUCUUGAUAAUGCAGUCAAUAUCAUGCAAGAGGCCCAUUAUAAUGGCCUAGCUGUCGUAAUCAUUUGUUCGCAAGCAGAUGCCGAGGAACACUGCAUGCAGCUAAGAGGCAGCGGUCUCAUAAGCUCAAUUGAGCCUGCAAGUGGUGAGUGCUGAAUUCAUGGUGGUAAGUCAUGUACAGAUGAAUCCUAAUACCAGGCUUCUCUGAUUAUAUGUACAUUCAUGAUAUGGAUAAUGAUGGUGUAUUUGACAAUAAUCAUACCGAAAGAGAUGGAGCAUAUGGUAUUACUGGAUGUAAUCCAGUUAGGCUGUAUAUAGGAUUAAGUUGCCCUAACUUUUGGGCUUGAUAUUACAGCUACUCUCCUUUUUAUGGUCA